AUGGCUGGAGAGAGCUCCAAGAAGGCCAAUGCCGCUGGCAAGGCGGCCGUCCCGCUCGACCUCGACGGCCACAACCUCCCGCCAUCGCCCGCGCCCAGCUCGCCCCGUAACGGCCGCAAGUAUGCCCUCAUGACGGAGCUGGUCUACACGGAGAGCAGCGACCAGUACAAUGCCAGCUCUGUGCCCAUCUACCAGUCCGCGACAUUCAAGCAGGAAUCCGCGACCGGAGGCGGCGGCGAGUACGACUACACACGCUCCGGCAACCCUACGCGAACACAUCUCGAGCGUCACCUUGCCAAGAUCAUGAACGCCAACCGCGCGCUUGUCGUCUCGUCCGGCAUGGGCGCACUCGACGUCAUCACCCGCCUCCUACGACCGGGCGACGAAGUCGUGACCGGCGACGAUCUGUACGGCGGAACAAACAGACUGCUCAAGUACCUCUCGACACAUGGCGGCAUCAUCGUGCACCACGUGGACACCACAAACCCAGAGAAAGUACGCGAAGUAGUGAGCAACAAGACGGCCAUGGUGCUCCUCGAGACGCCCACGAACCCUCUGAUAAAGAUUUGCGAUAUUCCCGCCAUUGCUAGCAUCGCCCACGCCGCGAACCCUACCGCCGUGGUCGCUGUCGACAAUACGAUGAUGUCGCCCAUGUUGCUCAACCCGCUCGAUCUCGGUUCCGAUAUCGUCUACGAGUCUGGCACAAAGUACUUGUCCGGUCACCACGAUCUCAUGGCAGGCGUCAUUGCCAUCAACGACUCCGCGCUCGGAGAUCGCCUCUUUUUCACAAUCAAUGCCUCAGGAUGUGGUCUCUCGCCGUUCGAUUCCUGGCUGCUGCUGCGUGGGAUCAAGACCCUUGGUGUCCGCAUGGAGAAGCAACAAGCAAAUGCCAUGCGUGUUGCCACAUUCCUUGAGUCUCACGGCUUCAAGGUCCGCUAUCCUGGUCUCAAGUCGCACCCACAGUACGAUUUGCACUGGAGCAUGGCACGCGGCGCUGGCGCUGUGUUGUCCUUCGAAACUGGCGAUGUCAACAUUAGUGAGCGCAUUGUAGAGAGCGCAAGGCUCUGGGGCAUCAGUGUCAGCUUUGGCUGCGUCAACUCCCUCAUCAGCAUGCCUUGCCGCAUGAGUCACGCCAGCAUUGACGAAAAGACCAGAAAGGAAAGGAACAUGCCUGAAGACAUCAUCCGAUUGUGCGUUGGCAUUGAGGAUCCUGAGGAUCUUCUUGAUGAUUUGAGCCGCGCUCUUGUACAAGCUGGUGCUGUAAACAUCACAACCGAUGGCUUCCGCGCUCUGGCAACAGAGGCCCCUGCCACGGCCCAGCCUACAGACUCUGUCCCGGCUCCAGCAGAGUCGUAG